CAACCUCGUUCCUUCCGUUUCGGCCCCACGAGCACGGAUCCCCAAUCAUUGCCAGAACUUCUGACCUUUCCGCUCUUGAGCAACUCUACUGCUUUGUAGCAAGCAGAUAAAGUGUCAGGAUUGAGUGUGCAGUGGUGAGAGAAAAGCGACAACCAGAUUACCCUCGAUCAGCUCGCCGCAAUGUCUCCUUUAGCCUCUGCAACGACCGCUCUCUCGGCCCCCGGUAAGGUGUUGCUUAGCGGUGGCUACCUCGUCCUUGACCGCGACUACACCGGCACUGUUUUUGCACUCGACGCCAGAAUACAUGUCAUUGUCCAACAGCUGAGGAAGCAGCCGAAGAAGGACCCGUCUGGAACGGAGUCAGUUCCAGCUGCCAGCGCGCAAUCGGCGGCCAAAGGCGAUGCAGCGGAAGGAGACAAGAACGAUGAGGAAGAGGUUAUCUUUGUCAGAUCGCCUCAAUUCCUGGACGCGGUCUGGGAGUAUUCUCUGGAGAGGUACGACAAUGGCGGGGGUGUAAAGGCUGUACAGAAGGGUGAGGGACGUCGGAAUCCAUUUGUCGAGACUUCCCUGAAUUACGCUUUGACUUACAUCAGCUACGUCGCCGACUCUAAGGAUUUUGGGUCUCUUUCCAUCACCAUCCUGGCAGAUAAUGACUACUAUUCAGAGACCGCCUCGUCCAGAGGCCCAGCUGCGUUCUCCCGUAGUCGUUUUGCCAACUUUGGGGUCCCUCUGCACGAAGCGCACAAGACGGGGCUGGGAUCUUCUGCAGCUCUGGUCACAGCUCUGGUUUCCGCCCUGGUAAUCCAUCGUACCAUGCAGCCUGACGAUCUAGGUGCUGCGAGAGAUAAGCUACAUAACCUUGCCCAGGCGGCCCAUUGUGCGGCCCAGGGGAAAGUGGGUUCUGGCUUCGACGUAGGAGCCGCGGUGUACGGGUCCUGUCUUUACCGACGCUUCACGCCGAUCAUCUUGGAGAAGGUCGGCGACGUAGGCAGUCCAGGAUUUGAGGAGAGGCUCUUCUCUACCGUCGAGGAUCUCGAUCAGGAGCAUCCAUGGGAUACAGAGUGCGUUGACUUUGGCAUGAGGCUCCCUCGAGGCAUGCAGAUGGUCCUCUGCGACGUGGACUGCGGAUCGCAGACGCCUUCGAUGGUCAAGAAGGUCCUCGCCUGGCGCCAGGAAAACAAGGACGAAGCAGACCUUCUCUGGACCGCUCUGCAAUCCAACAAUGACCAGCUCCGAGAAGAGCUGAAGCGGCUCGCAGAGAAUCCGGGAUUUCCCAGUGCUGAUGGCUUCCAACGAGUCCGUACGUACCUACAGCGCUCUCGAGAGUAUAUCCGCACCAUGACGCGCAAGUCGGGCGUUCCUAUCGAACCCAAGGUACAGACGGAGCUUCUCGAUGCGGCAUCAAGCCUCGACGGUGUCAUCGGAGGCGUUGUCCCUGGUGCAGGCGGAUACGAUGCCAUUGUGCUCCUGAUCCGAGACGACCCGGAAGUGAUCAGCCGCCUGAAGUCGUUGUUCGCGACCUGGCAGAGCAAAGUCGAAGAUGACUUUGGCGGAAAGAUUGGGACCGCUCGGUUGCUGGGAGUCAGACAUGGGUCCGAAGGAGCACGCAACGAGAUCCUGGAGCAGUAUGCAGGAUGGAUUUGAGCUUCUGCGAAUCAUCCUUCGCCACUAGCCGGAGGAUAUCCGUUACACGAUACGACGCUACGAUUGCAUUCAAUACCCGACUACUUCAUGAGACUAUUCAGCGUAUAGCAUCAGUACCAUACACACGGAGUCUUGAGCAAUUGUCCGUUUGCUGAAAUGAAGCUAUU